GCACAAGCCGCCGCAGAUCACUGUGGCACAAAGCGUGGCUUGCACCUGCGCUUAUGCAAGCCCAGCCGUUAGCGUGACCUGACGCGCUGCCCCAGCUUUGGUGCUUUGAAAACGACAAGCUGCAUCCGUCACUGACUUAAGCCUUCUCGCAAGCUGAUUUACUUCGCCUCUUGCCUUGCUUUUCACUCUGUACCUUUUCUUCAUCUCAUCAACUGUAUUAUUCGCAUGCGACAGAUCUAACUAUUCCAAAACUUACGACUACCGCGACGAUGACGGACUACAACAAAGAGACUGUCGCAAAGUUGCGCCAAGUGCUCAAGGACAGGAAUAUUCCAAGUACGGGGUUGACGAGGAAGGCGCAGAUCAUCGAGAAGUUGGAGGAGUGGGACGCCCAAAAUGCGAUUGAAGGGGAGGCUGAGCAUGCGCCGGAGGCUGCGGAGGAGGUAGAGGUAGAGGUAGCGGAGCCUGAAGUAGAAGCAGCGUCUUCAGAACCACCCGAGCCGAACGACGACGCUCCAGUAGUCGCGCCGGGUGCGACGACAGAAGAGCGUACCGAGGCGGCAGAAGCGACAGCGCCAGAUGAUGUGAAAGAUAAUACCGUCAUUGAAGCUCAGGAAGGAAAUUCUGCAGACAGUGUGCCAAAAGAAGAUCCACAACCGGCCAUAAUAAUUGCGGAAGAGGCGCAAAUACCCACAGAGUCGCACGCGACCGACUUCGCCCGACCUACACAGACUCCUUCGCCUGCCUCAGAUGAGAAACCAUCAAUAGAGAAGCCCGAGCUCCUUCCUAUACCUGAGCGCUCAGUGAUCUCGACUGCGGAUCAAUCGAGAUUGAACACCGAGGAACUUGAGGCCGAUACAAGGAAGCGCAAGAGGAGGAGCCUAACACCCGAGCUGUCCGCACAAGAAGUACGCACAAAGAAGCCGAGGCCGAGUGAAGAUGUUGUACAUGAGGUUGCUGUCCCCCAGGAUGAGGACACUGUCAUGGACCAACGGCCACCGGAGGAGGCAGAGAAAGAGCUGGACGAGAUAGCUAUGGAAGAAGAUGCCGCCAACGGCAACCCGAAGAUCGAGGCCGAGCUAGCGAUAUCAGCAGCGGAGUCAAAGGCGGCUCCAGAAGCCGAGAAGAAACAAAAGAUCGACCGCUACCGCGAGUUGCUCAAGCCGGCCUCCGAGCCUUCAGUUGCAGACGCUCCAUCUGACAUACCAGAUGACCGCUCUGUAUCCCCAGCCCUCCACCUCGCGACUCCCGCCCUAUACAUCCGCAACCUUAUGCGACCCCUGCGACCCGAGCCCCUCCGCGCACACCUGGUCGCCCUCGCCUCACCUCCCUCCACAGAUGCAGACCCAGAAAUCAUAUCCACACUCUUUCUCGACAAUAUGAAAACCCACGCUCUCGUCCGCUUUGCGUCUACAACCGCGGCCUCCCGCGUCCGCGCCUCUCUACACGGCACAACCUGGCCACCCGAGGGAAAUAGGAAAGACCUCUGGGUCGACUUCGUGCCCGACGAGGAUUGCGCCACGUGGAUUCAGGAGGAGGAAGACGCCAUGUUUGCUGAGAAGGAAGCGCGUGCCGCAGGCCGUCCCAUUCCCGCCAAGAAGUUCGAGGUCGUGUAUUUUGAGGAUGAAAACGGCGGCUACACAGCCGUCUUCCAAGAAGUAGGCGCCGGUGCCGCGGCAUUCAACCCACCCAAGGGUCCGCGCCGCACAAGCCAACAGGUAUCCGGCGCCGGCGCCGUACCGCUACCCACGCAGGAAAUCCGACAGAACGCUGAGGCGUCAUUCAAAACGCUCGACGAGCUGUUCUCUUCCACGAUUGCGAAGCCCAAGCUUUACUUCCUCGCUGUGUCAGACGAGCGCGCGGAGGCGCGGACAAGAGACCUCGAGGCUGAAACGAGCCGCCACUGGACGCCGGAAGAGAAGCGGAAGGGGAGAGGGAUUCAAGCGAGCAGGCUUGAUCAGAAGAUAAGAUUUACGUUUGAUGAGGAGGAUCGGGUUGUUGAGGCGGGCGGGGACUUUGGGCCGUGGACGGAGCAGAGUGACUUUAGGGGUGGGAGGGGAGGUGGGAGGGGCGGCUUUAGAGGGAGGGGUAGGGGAGGGUGGAGAAGCGGGCCUUGA